AUGAAUGGAAUAAAAUGUGAUGAUGUCUUCUCCGACUGUGUAAUGAUGAAAUGCUGCGAGCACUUCAAGCCUCACUAUGUAAUGCUGCGUGGAAGGUGUAUGCGCUUUGAGAUAACUACUCUCAAAAACGUCUGCUGGUCAGUCGAGUGCGAUACGCUUGAAUUUCAAGAAACCCAAAAGUCUACUGAUCGACGGCUCGGAACAAGUCGUGCAACUUGUUAUGUGAAUCGAUGGCUGGAGGAGAAUCUACUGCAUCCGCUCAACUGCACUCUUCCGGCAAUGCGCGACCUACGAUCCGCGACGGGCUACGAAGUUUGCAGUCCACAUGUCGUCAUCGCGAAUUACCGACAGAUUAUCACUGCAUACACACUUCAAAACAGGUGCGAUCCAAACUGUGACCGAUGGGACCAGGGUUUUCAGUACUGGACGUCCGUGGAGAAGAACCUCGGCGUGUUCCGCCUCGACUAUGAGGAAUACGAGGAGAUCGCUAUGCUCUCCUAUCCGGGCUUCAUCUCACAGAUUGGUGGGCAACUCGGAUUAUUUCUUGGUGUGUCG